ACUCAAAGCAGGUUCGGAGCAAAGCAAACACUACAGCCUUAUCUUGGGGACAUAGAGUGGGUAUAAAGAGGGAAGCCAUAAGUGACUUUAGUCCCUUCUCUUGUUCAGCAACUUGGCAACAAAAUGAAAUUCCUUGUACUGGCUGCUCUGCUCACAGUGGCCGCUGCCGAUGGGGACAUCAGCCCGCGGGCAGUGUGGCAGUUCCGCAACAUGAUCAAGUGCACGAUCCCCGGGAGUGACCCCCUGAAGGAUUACAACGACUACGGCUGCUACUGUGGCCUGGGUGGAUCCGGCACCCCUGUGGAUGAACUGGACAAGUGUUGCCAGACGCACGACAACUGCUACACAGAAGCCAAGGAACUGGACAGCUGUAAAUUCCUCCUGGAUAACCCCUACACCAAAACCUACUCAUACUCAUGCUCUGGCCCCGAGAUCACCUGCAGCGAAAAAAACGGAGCCUGUCAGGCUUUCAUCUGUAACUGUGACCGCAGUGCUGCCAUCUGCUUUUCAAAGGCCCCAUAUAACAAGGAGCACAAGAAUCUUGACACCAAGAAGUACUGUAAGGAUUGAGUAUCCUCUUUGGAAAGCAUUGUCCCUACGUGCCUCAUGGCAGUCACUUUAGCCUGUGUCCUCUAAUAAAGCACUUUGUUGAAAGGC